AAUCUUUACCAGGAGAUGGCACAACGAACAAAAACUAGCAAAACCCUUUGGGUACUUCUCCUUCUGAUCUCUCUAAUAGGAAAUAACCUAGUUACAGCUACUACAGCUUCGACCACGGAGACAGCCACAACUGAUGCUGCCACAACUUAUGCUGCCACAACUGAUGCUGUCACAACUGAUGCUGCCACAACUGAUGCUGCCACAACUGAUGCUGCCACAACUGAUACUGCAGCAUCAACAGAAGCUGCUACUGAAGUGACGACUGAAGCAGUCACUGAAGCAGCUACUACUGCAGAAGAAUCUACAGAUGAAUCAACUACUGAAGCGGCAACCGAUGCCGCAACAACAGAAGAUUCCUCUACAGAUGAAUCUACAACUGAAGCGGCAACCGAUGCCGCAACAACAGAAGAUUCCUCUACAGAUGAAUCUACAACUGAAGCGGCAACCGAUGCCGCAACAACAGAAGAUUCCUCUUCAGAUGAAUCUACAACAGAUGAAUCUACAACAGAUGAAUCUACAACUGAAGAAGAUACUACUGAAGCAGAUACAACUGAAGUCGUGACUGAUGCAUCUUCAGAAGAAUCUACUGAGGCAUCAGAUGAAGCGACCACUGAGACUGCAGAAGAAGAGAGCACCGAAUCUACCGAUGAAGAUUCCAGUACUACUGAGGCAGCUGACGAAGAAACAACAACUGAGGCAGCUGAAGAAUCUAGCACUGAAAUGUCGAAUGAUACUGAGACUGAGGAAUCUGAUGAUGUAUCUUCAACGGAGACAUCGAAUGAAGUUUCUUCAACUGACGAAUCAGACGAAACAUCGACAACUGAAGCAUCAAACGAAGAUUCGUCAACGGAAGAAAUAACCGAAGUUUCUUCAACCGAAGAAACAGACGAUACAGCAGCAACUGAGGUAUCAGCUGAAGAGUCCGACAAUACCACAACAGAUGAGGAAGAUGAUGAAACGACAAGUUCUACUGAAACAGAGACGAGACUGUCUCAACCACUGAAGAAGGUUCGGAGGAGACAGGAAGCGACUCAACGACAGCAUACGGGGGACGAACCUACAGAUAUAUGAUGCAAAGUGGAACCGACGAUAGUUCAGCUGCUAUUGGACUAAAAUCAAGCUUCUCUGUUAUCGUUAUCGCAGCUUGGUUUCUUCGCAUUCAAGUUCAAUGACAAAGCUAUGCUGCAAGAACAUUUCGAAAUUAAUUAGAAUGCUGGACGUUUAAAUUGCUGGACAGUAUGAUUUUAGAUAUGUUUUGCUCAUUUUGAAUUGUACUGUAAAAACAUGAGAACUUAUCUUCUCAGUCUUUCUAAUCUGUGGCUCGAAGUAAAUACCAUUAAUUUUGUAGCAUGUUUCCUCGGCUGGAAAUGCAAAAUUUUUAUAUUGAUGCAGAUGCAACCGCGCUUACACCUUGUCCGAUAUUUUUUCAUACAAUUACUUCGAAUCAUUACAACAAACAAGGUCACACUCGGAAACUAGAAAAAAGCUUGCACAAUAUCAAAAUUCCACCAUUCUCGCUUGUUGAUGUUUACACCUUUGUUCGUUUAUAUGUAUCUUAAUGUUUCUUCU